AUGCCGGAGGAUGACUCGUUGAAGAAUCAGACGGAAGACGGAGAGGAGCCAAGUCGGGGAAGCGUGCGUCCCGCAUGGGCAGUUACGGCGCUGGCCAGCGUGCUGAUCUUCACUACUGUUGUGGAUGUGUUAGGAAACCUGCUGGUCAUCAUCUCUGUGGCAAGGAAUCGCAAACUCCGAAAUGUGGGAAAUGCCUUCGUGGUGAGCCUAGCCUUCGCCGACUUGAUGGUAGCAUUCUACCCUUAUCCUCUGGUGUUGUAUGCAAUUUACCAUGAUGGGUGGUCACUUGGAGAGACCCAGUGCAAGGUAAGUGGCUUCCUGAUGGGUUUGAGCGUCAUUGGCUCCAUCUUCAACAUCACGGGCAUCGCCAUCAACCGCUACUGCUACAUCUGCCACAACUUCAGCUACGACAAGCUGUACAGCAAUCGGAACACACUCCUACUGGUCACACUUAUUUGGUGCUUGACACUCACGGCCAUUGUGCCAAAUUUGUUUUUUGGCUCCCUGCAGUACGACCCCCGUGUCUACUCGUGCACAUUUGCUCAGACUGUCAGCACUUCCUAUACCAUAACAGUGGUGGUCAUCCAUUUCUUUGUGCCCAUUUCUGUGGUCACGUUCUGUUACAUGCGAAUAUGGAUCUUGGUUAUUCAGGUAAGGCGCAAGGUGAAAUCAGAGGUGCGUCCUCGCAUCAAGCCCAGCGACUUAAGGAACUUCAUCACCAUGUUUGUAGUGUUUGUGCUUUUUGCCAUUUGUUGGGCACCACUGAACUUCAUUGGGCUCGCUGUCGCCAUCGACCCAGAAGAAGUCACCCCUCGCAUCCCAGAGUGGCUCUUUGUCGUCAGCUAUUUCAUGGCUUACUUCAACAGUUGCCUUAAUGCCAUCAUCUACGGCCUACUGAAUCAGAACUUUCGCAGGGAGUACAAACGUAUUAUCAUGUCUAUUUGUUGGCCACACCUCUUCUUCCAAGAAACAUCACGGGGAGGGACCGAGGGCAUGAGAAGCAAACCAUCACCAGGACUCAACAAUAAUGAACAAGUCAAAGGAGAAACUCUAUGA